AUGGGCUAUCUUCUUUAUUUCCUUACCUUUUCUGUUGUGAUUUGUGGUACAGCGCUCUUUCUCUCCCGAUCUCGAUGGUUACCUUUAUUUUCCGAAGUCCCGGAAUAUCUCUAUCACCGUCUCAGCCCCUCCAGCUUCAUGGGAGAUGUAGAAGCUGGUCUGACUUCAUCGAAUUUCGAUCUCUCCGCUAAUAUUGCAGACGGUGACAUCAGAGAAGGACUAAAUCAGAAGGCAAAGCGCGAAAUUAGGAAAAUAAUGAAGGGCCGAGGGGUCGAGUUCGAUGAAGCACGCCGGAUCUACACGGAGCAGCGGUUUGCGAAGAACAAUAUCGGACCUGACGGCCGUCCCAGGGACCCCAAAUUCGUCUCAUUUUCAUAG